GCAUUUCAGUUAACUGGUAAUAUUAGAGAAUGUGUAGUUAUAAUUAUUUGGGUUUACACACAGUCUCCAAUACCUUUUUUGACUAAAGUAUCUUGCAGUUGGAUAGUCUGUGGUAGCAAGUUGCUAGCAGAUCACCCCGAACAAG